AUGACGGAUGAAGGCGAAGACGUUGACCUCCACAAUCUUUUCAUCUCUUUCAUAUCCGUCCAAAUCCCACCGAUUCUCCAUUUUUCCCCUUUUGGUUCCAUCCCCCAUUGCUCGAAUUCCCACCAUUCUUCCGCAUUGCCGGUUCCUGGCGAAGGGCGCGCAUGCGCCGCCCUCCAUCACCGUGCCUCCUCCAUGACCACCACCUUCCUCCACCUCCAACUCAUUAUAUUCCCAAUUCUAUUCGUUUCUUCUUCUCAUUCGUUAUCCGAACCCGAAACCCUCUUGAAAUUCAAAUCCUCUUUGACCUACGCCGACAAUUUAGAUUGGGAAAACAACGACACGCCGCUGUGCGACGCCCACCGCUCGAGUUGGAUCGGCGUUGUCUGCUUGAACAGCUCCGUUCUGGGUCUGAAACUCGAGGGCAUGGGAUUAUCCGGCACCAUCGACGUCGGCGUAUUGUCCGGGUUCUGGAACUUGAAAUCCCUAAGUUUUAUGAACAAUAAUUUCGAGGGUACCAUGCCGGAUUUUAGAGAAAUUACGACAUUGAGAUCGCUUUAUUUGUCAAAUGCAUUCCGAGGUCUGGUUAGGAUGAUGAAGCUGUAUCUAUCGGAAAAUAGGUUUACGGGCAAGAUUCCUUCGUCGAUGUUAGGUCCUCCUAGGCUUAAAGAGCUCAAACUUGAUUGGAAUCAAUUUUCGGGUCGGAUACCGGAUUUUCAACAGACGAACCUACAAGUGGCGAAUCUCUCCGAUAAUGAAUUGGAUGGUCCUACACCUGAAAAGCUUAGAAAGAUGGAUGCAUCCACGUUUUCAGGCAAUGAAGAUCUCUUUGGACCACCAUUGAAGACAGAAUGUAACCCUCCUUCCCCUUCCCCCAGCCCCUCCACCGUCGCACCUUCCGCUGCGACCGCCGCUUCACUCGACCCCACCAAGACACCAUCAUCAACAUGGCUUAUCAUCAUCAUUUUCUUAGCCGGGACACUAUUCAUAUUCUCCUCACUCACCCUCCUCUUACUCGGCCAGAACGGAGACCGACCACCAUCAUCUGUGAAGGCUCCGCCUCUUAAAUCGAAGAAGAAAACGGAGUCGGUGAAACUCUGUUUCUUGAUGGACAAUAGGGAGAAUUUCGAUCUGAUGGAGUUGCUGAAAUCCUCGGCGGAGGUGUUGGGGAGUGGAAGCUUCGGGGCGUCGUACAAGGUGGCAACACCGACGGGGCCAACGGUGGUGGUGAAGAGGUUCCAACAGAUGAACAACGCCACAAAAGACGAGUUUCAUCAACAUAUGCGAAGCUUGGGGAGCUUAAGACACGACAACUUGCUUCCCAUCAUUGCUUACUUCUACCAGAGGGAGGAGAAGCUUAUUGUCUCCGAUUUUGUUCACACCGGAAGCUUGGCCGUUCAUCUCCAUUGUUAGUCACUCAUUACUUUGAAAAUCAU